AUGAAGAUCGUGAAUACACUGAGUCGGCAUUUGUCCGAGUUCUGCAAGGCCACUACUCUGCACGGUCUGAAGUAUAUCACCGAGGAAGGCCGGCACUGGUUUGAAAGGGUGCUUUGGCUACUUGGCUGUGCCGCUGGAGCAACAGCGGCCAGCAUCCUGAUCAACCUGGUGUGGUCCCAGUACAUCACGUCCCCCACCAUCACGACAGUGGAGUCGACUCACUACCCCAUCUGGAACGUCCCGUAUCCCGCCGUCACUGUCUGCAACAUAAACAAAGUUCACCUCACCAAUGCCGUACGACUUUAUGAACAAUCAUUUUGCCCACUUUUAGAUGAAGAUGAGUAUUAUGGAUUUGUUCAACAACUGGCUGAAAUUAUCCAACCAGAGAAAGUAAAUCAAUUUCAACACAAUAUAAGUGAACUAGAACAGACAUUACAAGAAUACAGCCUUACUAUGGAGACACUGAUGUUGAAACUUACACAACCAUGCUCAUCUCUCAUGGUGAAGUGCAAAUGGAGAGGAGAAAUAACUCCAUGUAAUCAAUUAUUCACAAUGCAAAAGUCUGAUUCUGGAUUCUGCUGUUCUUUUAACUAUUACCCUCCAGAAAUGGAUACUGAUACAAAUUCAUACCUUCGUGUGAAUGGAGCUGGAUAUCUCACAGGGUUAACAAUGUUGAUGGAUCCACGACUAGAGGACUAUUAUGCAGCUCUCUUUUCUUUUUAUGGAGUGCAAGUAUUGGUACAUUCCCCUCAGGAUUAUCCAGAUAUAUCAGCCCGAGGACUCAUAAUAGCACCCCAAAAAGAAGCUUUUCUCCAGAUCACAGCAGAAUCAACAUACAGCACUCCAGCUGUAAGAACACUGAAUAUAGACCAGCGCCAGUGUCUGUUUGAAGAUGAAAGUGGAGAAAACAGAAAUUUAGGAAGAGCUAGAUACUCCUAUGGAAAUUGUGUAAUUUAUUGUAGAAUGGAACAUCUUAGACAAAUAUGCAACUGUACACCAUAUUUCUAUCCUUCAACAGGAGACACCAGGCAGUGUGGGCUGCUAGAUGUUAAAUGUCUUGCUGAACACAGGCGAAUUUUCACCAAUCUCAAGCCACCCAUAUUUAUUCCUGGCCUUGUUGAUGGUCAAGAUGGCAUGAGUUGUGAUUGUCAUCCAUCCUGCACAGACAUCAACUACAGAACAGAACUAUCUCAAGGCCAGUUCUUCAAGAGUGAAUAUGACAGGACACAUUUCUUUCAUGAAAUCAACAUAACAAAUCAUUCAAUUCUGCAUGUAUACUUCAAGGAUAUAUCAUCCAUUCGUUACAGAAGAGAAGUGGCCUACAGCUGGAAUGAUCUACUAGCUGCAUUUGGAGGAAUUGUGGGUCUAUGCCUGGGCUGUAGCCUCCUCAGCCUAUUGGAGUUGCUUUACUUUUUCACUCUGAGGCCAGCAUGCAAGCUGCUGAAAGGCAAAAGUGCAAACACUAUUCAAGAAAAGAUUUAUCCCUUUUAUAUCAGACAGUCUCCGGAUAAUUUUGUUAAAAAGAAGCCGAAAGUUCUUGUUCACAACUGGUUGCCUUAA